AUGUAUGUGGUUGACGAUACAAGUAUGCAAGUGAUGUUUUCGAUCUACCAACAAACACGGGCACAAGUGUCAGUUAUCGAGUUAUAUGUUGAGUUCGAAGAAUUAGUUGAGGUUAAUUUACCCGAACCUAACAUCGACUGGACGGUUUAUAACACUGAAAGUGAAGAGGAAUUCGAGGGCACUUAUCAUAUUAUUGGUCCAGUUGAAGAUGUUGACGAAGAUGAUAUCAUAGUUGAGCCUGACAUUGCAGAGGUGACAAAUGCACUAACGAGCCAACAUCUAUCUAGAGAGCCUUCUUUUAUGCAUGCUUUGGAUCUAGAUGCUAUGAAUGCACCAGAAUUUCCUAAGUUUGUCAAUGCAGAUCCUGUUGUUGUUACGGAUGGUGAAUUUGUCAUCGGCAUGGAGUUUAGUUCUAGAGAAACUGUGAUUGCAGCAAUUAAAGAUUAUACCAUUCGUCGGGGUGUGGAUUAUCGAGUGUGUGAAUCUGAGCCAACCACAUUUUAUGCUAAGUGUGUACACUAUGGAACAAAUUGCGAUUGGCUUAUCAGGGCUAGUCUUAUUAAGAGAAAGUUUUGUUGGGUUAUAAGGCGGUACAAUGGUAGUCACACAUGCUCCAGGACAAUAAUCUCUCAAGAUCAUGCCAAGAUAAACUCAGACAUGAUUGCAGAGGUUAUAAAGCCAUUGGUUGAAGUUGAUCCAUCUUUAAAGGUGAAAUCUGUGAUUGCUGAAGUACAAUCGAAAUUCAAUUAUAUGAUAAGUUACCGCAAAGCAUGGCUGGCCAAGCAAAAGGCAAUUGCGAAUAUUUUUGGUGGUUGGGAAGCUUCUUAUGAAGCUUUACCGUUGUGGUUUGAAGCAAUGGUACAGAAAGAUCCAUCAGCUGCAGUUGAGAUCGAAACUGCACCAGCUUACCUAGGGGAUGAGGUGGUCCAGGAUAUUAGGAUACUGACACGAGUGUUUUGGAGCUUUUACCCUUGCAUUAGAGCAUUUAGGAGCUGCAAACCAAUCGUCCAAAUAGAUGGCACACAUCUGUAUGGCAAAUACAAAGGAGCUCUCUUAGUUGCAGUUUCUCAGGAUGGCAAUGGCAAUAUUGUGCCUCUUGCAUUUGCCGUUGUUGAGGCAAUAGCACGUAGUAAUGGAUCAUGGGAGCCUCCGAGAGCUAUCCGCAUGUUUUAUGUUAGGCACAUAGCAUCCAACUUCUUAAGGAAUUUCAAGGCACCGUAUUUACAGAAGUUGAUUGUAAAUAUGGGUUAUUGUAGGACUGUGCGUGAAUUUAAUGUGCAGUAUGCAAGAUUACGUGAGCGUGGUGAGGCUUACACUCAGUGGCUCGAUCGGAUCCCACGUCAGCAAUAUGCUUUGGCGUUCGAUAAUGGAUAUCGCUGGGGUCAUAUGACCACAAACCUAGUCGAGUGCAUCAAUGGGGUAUUAAAGGGGGCGCGAAAUCUUCCAAUUACAUCACUUGUCAAGGCAACUUUUUAUAGGUUAAAUGAGUUGUUCACUAGGAAGAAGGCUGAGGCUGAGGCUCGAACGAAUGCGGGACAUGUAUUCUCUGAAUAUGCAAUCAACAAACUUCAAUCAAAUCAGCAGGCAGCGGGAAACAUCCAAGUUAACUUGUUUAAUAGGCAGAAUGAGGUCUUUGAGGUGCGCGAGAUGCCCAGUGGUUUAGAGAUGGAGGAGAUAAAGAAGGUGUAUAGAGCAAGGUUUAAGCCAUUAGGGAAUCCAGCAACAUGGCCUGUGUAUCAAGGACCAAGGCAUAUACCUAAUCCGCACUUAAAGCGAGUAUCCAAAGGACGUCCCAAAAUAACUCGUUUCUUGAAUGAAAUGGAUAUGCGUGAUAUGCGUGGUCCUAGGCGUUGUAGGCUUUGUGGAGGCCAAGGUCACAGUCGAAGUAGAUGCCCUCAGCGUCCAGGGUCAAGUGCUAGUGGUGGUGCUCAUAAUUCUUAG